UGUGCAGCAGAUGUUGCUGGGUCCCUUCUUCCUGGCUGUCAUUUCCAGACCUUCACGAUAUCUCUUAGGUGGCAUCGCUGACCUCCUGGCUCUAUCCAUCAUCCAAGCUCUGCACAGAACUGAAGAAACUUUCUCCUUGAAGUCUGGAACAGGAAGGGGCUGGUAUCACUGCUGCAGGACCCUAUAAAGACACGGCCAGAGCACUGAGAGAUAUCAGGUAUUGAUGUAACUGGAGUGAAUAAGGGAACCUUCUUCCUGAGCACAGACAUUGGAGCCUGUUAUCAGCAUGAACUCACAUGUGUUAGACAAACACCUGAAUAGUUCAUAUCCAUCCUUCCCUACAGGAAACAUCAGAAUGAUACCGCAAACUCCAAUAGUCUUAGACACUGACUAUUCACAAACAUUGAGGAAAUCACAGCCGAUAUUUAAAGGAGAUGUUGAAUUGGCAGGAACUGGAAAGCAAUUAUUAUGUACAGAGAGUAAUUUAGUCAUUAAACAAGAGGACAACAUUUAUGCCUUAUCUAGUGAAUUUAUUAUCCCUGAGGCUAAACCACACACAUUUACUGAGUUUUCAAAACAUAUUAAAGAAGGGAAAAGUCUACAGUCCAGCAAAAUGAUUCAUACAAAGGAGAAACCUUUUAAAUCUAUAGAACACCACAAAAGUCACACAGGUGAGAAGCCACACACAUGUACUGAGUGCAGCAAAUGUUUUACACAAAUGAAUCAUCUGAAUACUCAUAAAAAGAUUCACACAAGAGAAAAGCUUUUCACAUGUACAGAGUGUAGUAAAAGUUUUACACAAAUGAGUAGUCUGAAAACUCAUGAAAGGAGUCACACAGGGGAAAAGCCUUUCACGUGUACAGAGUGUGGAAAAAGUUUUACACAUAUGAGUAAUCUGAAAACUCAUGAAAGGAGUCACACAGGGGAAAAGCCUUUCACGUGUACAGAGUGUGGAAAAAGUUUUAUACAAAAGAGUGAUCUGAAAACUCAUGAAAGGAUUCACACAGGGGUAAAGCCUUUCACAUGUACAGAGUGUGGAAAAAGUUUUCCACGAAUGGAUGGUCUGAAAAAGCAUGAAAGGAGUCACACAGGAGAAAAGCCUUUCACAUGUACAGAGUGUGGAAAAUGUUUUACACAAAAGAGUAAACUGAAAACUCAUCAAAGAAGUCACACAGGGGUAAAGCCUUUCACAUGUACAGAGUGUGGAAAAAGUUUUACAAAAAAGAGUAAUCUGAAAACUCAUGAAAGGAUUCACACAGGAGAAAAACCUUUCAUAUGUACAGAGUGUGGAAAAGGAUUUACAGAAAAGAGUCAUCUGAAAAGUCAUGAAAGGAUUCACACAGGAGAAAAGCCUUUCAGAUGUACAGAGUGUGGAAAAUAUUUUACACAAAAGAGUAAACUGAAAAUACAUGAAAGAAUUCACACAGGAGAAAAGCCUUUCACAUGUACAGAGUGUGGAAAAAGGUUUACACAUAUGUGUAAUCUGAAAACUCAUGAAAGGAUUCACAAGGGAAGAAACCUUUCACAUGUUUAGAAAGUGAAAUAAAGUUUUUUUUAAUUAAAAUCUGGUAUCACUAAACACCAAAUAUUUACACACAAAUAAACUUUUAUAUACACUGUGUACAACCUUUUUACAAUUUUCCUAAAGAGGACAAAUUCUCUAAAUAAAAGCAUAAAAAACGGAUGAUAUUUUAAAUAUUACUUUCUAAAUCCCAGUUUUACUAAGGGUUGAUAGCCCGAAACGUAGUCUUGUAUUUUGUACCUGCUCCUGGUGAAAAGGAAUAAAGAAAGUUUGAAAUAA